AUGUGGCCCCCAUUCGGCCCCGCCCGCCGCCUCAAUCUCCGCCAGCUCCCCGCACACGCUUGGCUCGUCUUCGUUUUCCUCUGGCGCACCCUCCUCUUCCUACUCCGCCUCCCCGCCGUUCCCCAGCUUCUCGCAUUCUACCUCAUCUGGUGCUAUGCCAACCUAACAAUCAUCGAGUACCUUGGGGGUGUCUGGGACCCCGGCUUCCCGAAGCUCUGGACCGCAUGGAUCGCGUUCCUCGUCACCCUCCCCACCUCCGCCGCGCUCAAGCUUGCCUGGCUGCUCGUGGGUCCCUUUUUUUGCCGCAGACUCGCCCGCAAGAAUGACCCCGAGGGCGGUUAG